ACCCAACCCACGGAGGGCGCGGUCGCGGGCGCCUGCGUGCAAUGCCCACCGUCUACAGUAUAUUUCCAGCUUUGGUUGUAUUCGUACUAUCCGCUUCUGACUCACUGUACGGAGCGCGAUGUAUCAUGAAGGAAUCUGCUUUCAGUCGUUGCGAAUUUCUAAGAAGAUACACAGAGAAGCUGAUUGGAAAUGGUGAUUGGGGCAGAGAUGAGAAUUGACAGAUCGCAAGUGUUUGGAGCGCCGCGUCGCGGCGCAGCUGAGCUCUCCCUCGCACGUUUAUUCGUCGACGCGAGGGAAGCAGUUGCAGAUGUAGCUCCAGGUGUUCGGGCGCUCGUACUGCUUCUUUGUGCAACAGGUUUUUGGAUUACGACUUCACUCAUCAGCGUCUACCAGCAAGCUUUUAAGAUUGGACUGUGAACAAACUACUGGUGCACCAUGAAGCACCUGUUGCUGCUUUUUGGAUGUCUUUUUGCCUUGACGACUUGGGUGCCUCGAGUCUCGGCAGCCUCUGAAGGAGAAGAGUGCCCUGCAGCAUGCUCCUGCACCGAGGAGGGAGUUGGCCCCUUCAUUGCUCGCUGCUUAAAAUUGCGACAUGAACAAAAUUUUGGUGGGAAAAUUUCCCGAUUAGUUAUUGAGAAUGACAAUGCUCUUGUGAUAGACAAGAACACUUUUGAAAGUGUUGGUCUUCAGAAUGUGUCAACUAUUCAGAUUAAGAAUUGUACAGUUAAGAAAUUAGAUGCUGGAGCUUUUUCUGGUCUUGAAAUCCUUAGAACAGUUGAGUUUGAUUCUGUUAAUCAACUGGUUGUUCAUCCUGAUAUGUUCAGUGAAACAAAAGAUCUUACUCAGCUGGCAAUUAAAAACACAGAUUUGAAAUUUUCAAAAAAGUCUGAUUAUUUAUUUGAUAUACCUCUCUUGAGAGAGCUAGUUUUGGCAAAUACUGGCAUCGCACAGUUGCAGCCUGAUGCAUUUUCCAAAAUGCCUAAACUCAUGACUGUGAAUUUAGCUGGCAACAAACUGAAGUCCCUUGGAAAAGAGUUUGUCAAUUUAAUGGAACUAGAGGAAGUAGAUCUGUCUCACAAUUUAUUGGGAGAAGUUGGUAAUGAAGUGUUUGAAAAUAAGAGACUUGUUGUACUUAAACUUCGAGGUAAUCACCUUACUACCAUGGCUGGAGUUAUUUUGCCAGAUUUAACUGAACUAGAUGUUAGUUUGUGCAAGUUCAGCAGAAUUGAUAAAACUACUUUCGCAGGCUUUUCUCUCCUCAACAUUUUAAACCUUAGUGGAAAUGCUUUAAGUGAAAUUGCAGAGGAUACAUUCAGUGAUGCUAAUCUGUCUUCUUUGACAGAUUUAGAUCUUUCAAAUAAUGCUCUUCAAGGACCUCUUCCAGAAGACCUUUUCCAAAAAAUAUCAGGCCUUGGAAAAUUGAAUUUGGCACAUAAUCCAAAGUUACAAGUGUUGCCUGAGAAUAUAUUCAAGGGAUUGCAUUAUCUGUUCAAUUUGGAUCUCUCAGUAUGUGGCCUGAAAACUCUGGAAGGAGCACUCUUCGAAGACGUGGAGAGGUUAUCGUUUUUGAAUUUGGCUGGAAAUUAUCUCAGCAGACUGAAGCCGGGUGUUCUUAAUAAAUAUAUUACUAAGUUAGAUUUGUCACAUAAUAAAUUCGAGCACUUAGAAGAGAUACAAUUCCCAUCAAGCGCACGAUUAAGAAAAUUGUAUCUUACAGGAAAUAAACUGACAGAUUUACCUUCAUCUGCCUUUGUUGAUUUGCUUGAACUAGAAUCACUUGAUCUUAGUGAAUGUUCUUUGUCUUCAUUUUGGAAUGCAGAAGAUCCUAAAAUUCUUGAGAGGCUUCAGACAUUAUCAGUGUCAAAAAAUUAUAUUUAUGCUAUCACUGAAGAACAACUGGCAUUGACUCCUAAUUUGAUGGGAAUUGAUAUUACUGACAAUCCUUUGGUAUGUAAUGAAACAUUUGCUGCUACAAUCAAAUGGUUCCGAGAUCACAAUGUUAAGCCAAAUGCCAAUAAAUUGACUUCCCUCAAACUGGAGACACUGUCGCUCUUAACAGACACUGAAGACAUUGGUCCCUUGGGGUGGGGUGAAGUACAAGAGCAGAUUUGUGGGGAAUGGGCUAGAGAGCCUGUGGAACCAGCCGUUGAUGACAAUCAGGAUGAUCUGGAUGAAGAGGAAGAGGAAGAUGAAGAUGAAGAUGAGGAUGAGGAUGAUGAGGCAUAUGAUGACAGUUAUGAAGAGGGUGAAAAUGACAACCAGGAUGAUGAAAACUACAAUACUGAAAGUAGGACAUCUCCAAAUCCUAGUGAUGAAUUGAAUCAUAUUGUUUGGAGACAGAGUACAGUCCUGGCAGAGAGCAAUGACAACUACCUCUGGUCAGUUAUUAUUGUUUUGUUUUCUGUAGUAGCCAUUUUGUUCUCGCUGACAAUUCUAGCUGCAUGUGUGUUGCGUUGGUCCCGUCAGAGAAACAGUUAUGGUGCACGAAUGAUCAAUACUCUUCAUCCACCAAUGAUCAAGCGUGGUAGAUCCUCCAUUUAUCAACAACUUUUUGAAGAUCCUAACCAUCCCACAACACCUAUUAUGUCUGUGAAAAAUGCAAAUCAGACUCGGUACAAUUUCCCUGAAGUGCAGGGAGGAAAGCAAUCAGGUUACAUUACAUAUUUGAGUAAGGAUUUUCAUGAUUCUACUGUAAUUCCAGAGCCUGUUUAAUUUAUGUUCAAAUAAGAAAAGUACAUCUAAAAAUAGAUAAGUUAGUAUUUAAAUAUAAAUACGGAUUUUCUUAAAUUGUAUGUCUUCAUCUGGAGAAAUAUUUUGCUAUUGAUUAAGAUUUAGUUAAUAAAAAGAAGGCCCUAUGGUAUGCAGGGGGGGGGGGAGAAAGGUAGCUACUAUUUUUAAGGAAUACAGUUUGUUAUGUAAGAAACACAACUUUUUACAUUACAGUAAUGACAAUGUCAUAAUGUUUUUGCAAAUUUUAUGGAACUUAUUGUUUGUAAUCUGCAAUGUAAAGAGAACUACAAAAGAGAAGCUGUGCUCAGAAGUUUUAAGAGAUAGGUUGGGCUUCUAGUGGAUUACGUAAAAGUAUGAUAGUUGUGAGUUGUACAUCAUCAAUUUAUUAGCUUCAAAAUUGACAAUACAUGCUAAUAUUCUUAAUGUAAUGUAAAUGAAAGAUUUGGCCAUCGGAACUGAUGACAUGGUCCCUAGUCAAAAACAUUAGGGGUUACUUCCUUAAUUAAAAUGUGAGGGAUAUUUUUUAAUGCUGAGAGAAAGUUCAUAUGUGGAAGCUAAAGACCUAAUGAUAAAUAGGUUUGUUCAUAAACUAUUAUAUUCUUAUUGUAAAAUAGGUAAUAAAAUGUUUGACAUUUAUUGCAAGUUGUAAUGCUCUAAUACAUUAUUUUUUAUUUCAUUCCUUCUAACUCCUUACUUAACAUUCCUUAAUGAAGGUGAAAUAUUGAAGGGUAUAUAAUAACAUGCUUUCAUGACACAAGAAGUUUACCGAAGGUUUAAAACACCAUUUCUGAAUGUUUUUUCAUUAUGUAAUGUGCUGUUAUCUUUGAGGCUGAAUAGAAUAAAUUAUAUUUUCUGUUUUGAUCAUUGGAUUUGAAUACCUGAAGUGCUGAUGUAAAUAAUGUGUAGUUUGCCAUACUAAAUAAAUGUAUGUCUUCCAUUGUAAAUAUUGUGUGUAUGGAGCCAAAUAUAUCUAUUUACAAAUAAAUUAAAAUAAAUCUAAUGUUUAUUGAUGUUUUUAUUAGAGAUAAAAUGAAUUUUCC